AUGGUCACCUCUUCGACUUGCAACGCCAAGAGCAAAGUAGAUUGCCGGCAGCAGGUAGCGGGCAGAAAAAGCCAGACGCUCGAUGCGGAUGGCGAAGCGCAGUAUUCGCAUGCCGCACCAAGGCACAUCAAGGCAGAAGACGCUCUACAUGAUGCAUGGGUAUUGAUCGAAAACUCGAAAGUCCAUCGUGACGUCACUCUCGAUCCAGGCGAAACCUGUCCAUAA